AUGGGUUUAAUCACAGGACUCUGUACUUUCUUGUACCACUUACCUCAGAUUUACAAAUGGCUGCUGAAGCCGUAUUAUAUCGCCUCGUUUUUCAUGACCAUCGCCUUCUUGUUGGUCCGAAAGGCUCCCGGUCUGUGCGAGUACCUGGCGACCCAGCGGGAGGACGGCAACUCCUGCGACUUCGACUGGAGAGAACUGGAGAUCCUCAUGUUUCUCAGUGCUAUAGUGAUGAUGAAGAACAGGAGAGCGAUCACUCUGGAGCAGCACAUAGGCAACUUGUUCCUGUUCAGUAAAGUGGCCAACGUCAUCCUCUUCUUCAGGCUGGACAUUCGGCUCGGCAUCCUUUACGUGUCGCUGUGUGUCGCAUUCGUCAUGACCUGUAAGCCACCUCUCUACAUGGGCCCAGAGUACAUCAAGUACUUCAGUGACACGACCAUAGAUGAGGCGCUGCAGAGAGACAGUCGAGUCACCUGGAUUGUUGAAUUCUACGCCAACUGGUCCUCUGACUGCCAGUCUUUUGCUCCCGUUUUUGCAGAUCUGUCUCUCAAGUACAACUGUCCUGGACUCAGGUUUGGGAAGGUGGACAUCGGUCGCUAUGGAGAGGUUUCACAGAGGUACAAGGUUAGUACUUCUCCUCUGGCUAGGCAGCUGCCCUCACUCGUGCUUUUCCAAGGAGGGCGGGAAAUUAUGAGACGUCCAAUGGUGGACAAUAAAGGCAGAGCUGUGUCUUGGACCUUCAAUGAGGAGAACAUUAUCAGAGAGUUUAACCUCAACGAGCUCUUCCAAAAAUCUAAGAAGCUGAACAAAGGUCACGGCUUGAAAGAAGAGGAGCAGAACAGCUUUCAGCCAGAAGAGGGCGGUGACGAGCUCCAUCCUGAAACCGACAACCCAGAGGAGCCCACAGAGAGCAAGAAAGACCAGUGAGCUGAAGAGGUGGUUUAAAGCCAUGUAAAAGAUAAGCAAUGAUUUGUGGACAUUUUAUGACAGAGUGUGACAUUCAGGAGGUUGUAUUGGCAGGGACUGAAUCAAAGGUAUGUUUUCAUUAGUGUAAGAAUUGUU